AAAAAAUCACGCUCGAGUCAGUGCGAAUCGUGAGAAAUGUUUUGCACAAAUAGUCGAAUCUUUGUAACGUGCGUGUUUACUUGUUAUUUCCUAUAGUUCGCCUCUUGUUUGAUUAACUAUAAUGAGUAAAACGAAUCCUUUAGUUGGACUGAUUGGGUACGGAGACUCUGAUGAAAGUGACGAUGAAGUGCCUUCAAGACCUGUUGAGAAGUCAUCGAGGGCCCAGCCUCCAUUACCGAGCCCAGCGGUACAUGAACCCAACCCAGGGGUUCACCCUGCACCUAUACCUCAUUGUGCCUGGUCAGCAUGUUACGAUGAGAGCAGCGGGUUCACCUACUACUGGAACCAGCACACUAAUGCGGUGACCUGGGAAGCCCCACAGGAAUACUUGAUGGCAUUGAAGUUGGCACAACAUCAGUUGCAUGCUUCAGGUUCAGCAGAAGUAUCAGCCGAAGAGUGGCAGCUCUACCAGCAGACCCUUGCUGAGAAGAGCACACAGGCCAAAAGCAAGAAGCCAGACCAAGCCAAACCAAAGACUGUAGUUAAGAAUGGUGCCAAGCGGAAACCAGGCAGUGAUGAUGAACAUGAAAAAAUAGAACUGAUAACAUCCUACCACAACUCUGACUCCGAAUCCAACGAUGAAGAAACCCCAGCCAAGGCGCCCAAGCCUGUAGCCAAGCCAGCCAAGCCAACAGUCCCGAAGAACCCACACAAGAAACAGAAGACCAAGCCUGUUGAGUACGGACCCAGCUUGCCCAGCAACCAGAACUAUACUGUUCCGAUUGGGCCAGAAUUGCCUCCAGGAAUGGUGGUUGAGCCGGUGGUGGAUGAUAAGACACAAGCAAAGACUCCGCCUUUAGCAGAAAAUGAUGAUAGCUUAGAAGAAAAAACAUUGUUCAUGAGAUUAAAGGAAAAAGCCAAAUUAUUAGAAAAACUUGGCGGAGAAAUACCAACAGAAUUACAGAAAAUGAUCAAAGAAGAUACAAAGGUCGCGUCUCCUAAAGUUGUGGAUGAAACUAGCAGAGACAGUAAAAUUGACAAUAUUGAUGAUUUGUUAGAUGAAAUUGAAAAGAAAGAGUUGCCUAAAGUUAAGUCUAAGAAGACUGAUAUGUUCGGUGAAGAUUCAAAUAGUGGUAAAAAUACUCCUGUAGGUACUCCACCUAGGGAAGUGAAACCAUUAUUCCCAAGUAGCAAAGCUAUAGAAGAGACACCACCACUGCCACCAGUUCCUGCUACUACUGUAGUUGAAAAUGGUGUAGAAAAACCAGAAAUACCAGAAAAGAAAGUUAACCUAUAUUUGGCAGACACAGAAGUAAAAGAAAAUCGCAAAAAGCUAAGGAUUGAUAAUUCCAUCCUUCCCGAAAGAAAGAAACCCGAAGUCCCAGCUUACACCACAAAAUAUUCACAAUAUAUAGAAGGAUUCUCAAGUGAGAGAACCGGAUUAGGUUUUAAAGAAGAUGACAGCGAAAGUCCAAAAGUGGCGACUGUCAGUUAUGGAAACGGUUUGUCAUUUACUAAAGGAGAAGUCUUGAAUGAAGAUAAGCGGGAUGAAGAUUUGGAUGCGAUGUCUGACUUGGUGGAAGCCAAGUUGAAGUUUCUGAACGAGGUGCAACCGUGUCAGGUGCCUCCCGUGCAGGAGAUGUUGAUACAAUGGCAGACGUUGGUGUCGGCGUUCCGCGGCGGCGCGCUGGCGGCGCCGUACUGGCGGCGCUGGGUGCGCGCCGGCGAGCGCGCGCUGCGCCAGCUGGAGGCGCGCGCCGCGCCGCCCGGCUGGACCACCGCCUUCCAGAGGUCCGAGGGGCGCUACCGCUACCGCCGCGAGGCCGACGGCUUCACGCAGUGGGAGUACCCGGCCGCGGAGACCAUGGACAUGGAGAUAUGCACCACACCACCUCCUGAAGAACCUAAGGAGCCGGUGCAACCCCCGCUGCCGCCGGCGCCGCCGCCAGCCCACCCGGCGCCGCCGCCCGCCCCGCCCGCUCCCCCCGCCCCGCCCGCCCCGCCCCGCGUGCGCACCCCGCCGCCGCCCGCGUGGCGCGACCCGCCGCCGCCCGGCACCGCCGACCCGCCGCCGCUGCCGCCGCAUCCGGAACCGAAGAAAGAGAUAGGCGACGAGCUCCUCUCGUUCUACAGCGACAUCGCCGAGCUGGAGCAGGCCCCGCCCCCCGCGCCCGCCUCCCCCGAGCGGCCCCCGCUGCCGGCGGAACUGAAGGAAUCUAAGGAAAAAGAAACUAAAACUUCGAAAAAGAAAUCUAAGGUGAAGAUAUCGUCCUCAAUCGGGCUGAAACACAAGACGGUGUCCAGCAUGGUGGCCAAAUGGCAGCAGGUCGCCGACGAGAUACACUCCGACUAGACCACCUAUUCAUGUCUAUUAUUAAAUGUAUACGGGGUUUCAAUUUUUACUCGUAAGGCCACCCCACACAAGCCUCCUAUUGAGCGUUGGCGUCUAUAGUUCGUUUUUUUAUUGCAUUAGAAAUAAGGUAAACAAUCUUGAUGUGUCUUUGAAAAAAAACGAAAGUCAGCGCUAUGGAAAAUGCGCGUUGCGUCGAGCAGCAGCCGUAGAGUUGACUAGACGCCGAGUCUCGGGACACGCUAGUGUGGGGUGGCCCUAAUCCUUUGAACGCCACAACCAUUAUUGGCGGCUAAGGCUGGAUUUGCAAUAUUACCUACGUCAACUGCGACUAACUUUAAAAAACACGAUAUACUUAUGAGUAAUUUUUUUUUUCGAUAUUAUUUUAUGGCAACUUUUUGUUUAACCACUUUAGCAGCAGUAAAAGUAAGUAAAGCCGUAUAAUUUUAUUUUAUAUCUUUAGAUACAUAUUCAAACAAUGUAGUUAUCUCAAUACCGUAGUAAUAUUGUAAACAUUCACACAAAUGAUAUACGAAGACGCUAGAUUUAAAUAAGUACCGUGAGUUUUUGUAACGUUACAAGCGCAUGGCGGAUGCAUUUUGUACAGAUAUUUAUGAUAAUACGUAACUGUAGUUAGGCAUGUAAAUAUUAAUAAAUGAACGUAAUGACUGAGAA